UUAGUUGAUUACUUUAAUCGGUUAAAGGAUGAGAGAGGGAGGGGUCUGACUGGAUGGUUCCUCCUUAAAAAAGGAGAGCAGGGAGAGGUAGAAUUCAACUCACAGACGGGACAAAGCGACCCAGUGAAAACCGCUGAAACAUCAAGAUCGCAGAAGGAGACUAUCACCAUGGCGACGUUGACCAUUCUUCUGCUUCUCAGCGCUGCCUCUACACUGGGCGACAACAGAAUAAUGACUGCGCGCUACGCAAAUGAUUUGGUGAAAUUUGCAGCAGACAAAAGAAACCCAUGCCCCACAGGCUGGUUCCAAUUUAAUUCCCGCUGCUUCAUGGUUGUCGAAACUGCAAGGACAUGGCCCAAAGCAGAGCGCCACUGUAUGUUCCUUGGAGAAAAACUGAAGCCUGUGCAUAACACUGUAAAGUACCUUGGCGCAAACCUGGCAUCUGUGCACAGCUCCGACGAGUCCACAUUUCUGCAGGCGCUGGUGUUGAUCAAGACUGGCAGUUUCCCUCUUACCUGGAUUGGCGGCUUUGAUGCUGUUCAGGAAAAGGACAGGCUAUGGUUCUGGAGUGACGGCUCCAAAUUUGAUCACGAGAACUGGGCGGCAGACGAGCCGAGUAACACGAGGGGUGCCAGAGAGCCAUGUAUUCAGAUGAACUCUGGAGAUGAAAAAGGCUGGCAAGCUGAAUCAUGUGGAAGGCGCUAUCCCUCGGUGUGCUCCAUAAGAACCUGUUUAAUCCAUCAAACUAUCACUUGAAACCAAGUGCUACUCCGGUGUCAGCAUUCUAACUGAAAAUGUUUCAUGUUAGUCAAUUACUUUGGAGAUUUGUUGCUGUAAAUGUUGCGUAAUUAUUUUGGUUUGUCAAUAAAAUGGGUGUACGCA